UGUCCCUUGGUUUGCACCACCUGAGUACUCCAUCUCUCUACUCUCUUGUGAAGUGGGGUUUGGGGGCUUUGAUUCUCAUGGAUCAUCAUGGGACUCUCCAGAAUUCUGGGAUGAAGAAACGAAAGCAGGAGCAGGAUGGCUUGGUCAAUAAUCAUGAAAAUUCCAUGAUUGUGGGAGAAUCAUCUGGUAGUGUUGAUCUCUGCAAGAGUUCUACCUCGGGAUCACUGAAUUCGAACAAUCCCAAUGGUUCAAAUUCUGAUAUUUCAUGUCAGGAUGAUGAUGAUAUGAUUGAUGAUGAUGAAGAUGAAGAUCCUGAUUAUGGCUCGGAUUUUUAUUACAAUGAUGAUGUCUAUGCAGACGAUUAUUCAAGUAUGCAGGAUCAAUUUGACAGUGUGGACUUGCCUCCUGGUGUAGAAGCAUCUCUGCCUUGGUUGAAGGACAUACCUUCUAGCGAAUGCAAGCAUGCUAUUGCUUUUGCCCAUGCAGAAUCUAGUUCUAAGGGAAAAGUAGAUGUAACUGAAGAUACAGUGAUGCAAAAAUUUGGACAAUUUAAGCAAUUUGAUACUGUUGAUUCUUAUCCUGAUCAUUACUAUGAUAAGGAGGGCGCUUCAGAGCCGCAGCGACCUAAGAAUUGGGCCAAAAAAAUCCAGGAGGAAUGGAAAAUUUUGGAGGAAAAUUUGCCAGAAACAAUCUUUGUGAGAGUUUGUGAAUCUAGGAUGGAGCUUUUAAGGGCUGUCAUCAUUGGACCUCAAGGAACCCCAUACCAUGAUGGUCUUUUCUUUUUUGAUUGCCUCUUCCCAUCUACCUACCCUGCUGGUCCACCAAAAGUUCACUACCACUCAGGUGGCCUUAGGCUAAAUCCAAAUUUAUAUCAAUGUGGAAAAGUCUGCCUCAGUCUUUUGGGCACUUGGCAUGGUAGGAAUAGCGAAAACUGGAUUCCAGAAAAAUCAACCAUGCUACAAGUCUUGGUUUCUAUUCAAGCUCUGAUUCUGAAUGAAAAGCCCUUUUUUAAUGAGCCUGGAUAUUCAUCAACUUAUACUGGUGCGGAGGGGCAAAGAAGAUCUAAGGAGUACAAUGAGAAUACAUUCAUUUAUUCCUUGAAGACAAUGAUGUAUACACUGCGUAAACCUCCAAAGCACUUUGAGGAUUUGGUUGCGGGGCAUUUCCGAACACGAGCUUAUGACAUACUGACAGCAUGUAGUUCAUAUGUUGAGGGGGCUCCAGUUGGCUCAGUUGUACAUAAUCUUGCUCAAAGUAGUAAUAAUAGUACCACCACUAACAGCCAAAAAGAAUUUCAGUCAGCUGUGAGUAGGAUGAUGAAUACUCUUAUUGCUUUUUUCACCAAAAAUGGCUCCAUGGACUGUGAGGAGUUUCGUUCUCCUGAGAUUUAUAGUUUAUCUGCCGUGGCUACUUCAAACUUGGAGAUUUACAAGAUAGAAACUGGCACAGCAUUAACCCAGGUCUGAAUGUCCUUAGGUAGUUUAUGCUGUGAAUGAUGCGUAGUGGGAUCUUUCUUUGUUUUUCUUUUUCUUUUUCUUACUCCUAGUGGCGAUUUUGAUGUCCCACAUCGUGAUUCUCGUUGCUGGCUAUAGCACCUAGUUGUAAAGAAUGACAUGCUAGUUUAGCUUUUCAGAAGAUGGUUCCAUGUUUCUUAUAUGUCGCUUGUUUCUAUCAUAAAAUGUUAAUAUUUUCAUGAGAUUAUCA